AUGUCAGCCACUAGUACUGUUCCUUCAGAUAUAGCAUCAACAUCAACCCCCAUUCCUGCAAUGUCAGCCACUAGUACUGUUCCUUCAGAUAUAGCAUCAACAUCAACCCCCAAUCCUGCAAUGUCAGCCACUAGUACUGUUGCUUCAGAUAUAGCAUCAACAUCAGCCCCCACUCCUGCAAUGUCAGCCACUAGUACUGUUCCUUCAGAUAUAGCAUCAACAUCAACCCCCACUCCUGCAAUGUCAGCCACUAGUACUGUUCCUUCAGAUAUAGCAUCAACAUCAACCCCCAGUCCUGCAAUGUCUGCCACUAGUACUGUUCCUUCAGAUAUAGCAUCAACAUCAACCCCCAGUCCUGCAAUGUCAGCCACUAGUACUGUUCCUUCAGAUAUAGCUUCAACAUCGACCCCCACUCCUGCAAUGUCAGCCACUAGUACUGUUCCUUCAGAUAUAGCAUCAACAUCAACCCCCACUCCUGCAAUGUCAGCCACUAGUACUGUUCCUUCAGAUAUAGCAUCAAUAUCAACCCCCAAUCCUGCAAUUUCAGCCACUAGUACUGUUCCUUCAGAUAUAACAUCAACAUCAACCCCCACUCCUGCAAUGUCAGACACUAGUACUGUUCCUUCAGAUAUAGCAUCAACAUCAACCCCCAGUCCUGCAAUGUCAGCCACUAGUACUGUUGCUUCAGAUAUAACAUCAACAUCAACCCCCAAUCGUGCAAUGUCAGCCACUAGUACUGUUGCUUCAGAUAUAGCAUCAACAUCAACCCCCAGUCCUGCAAUGUCAGCCACUAGUACUGUUCCUUCAGAUAUAGCAUCCACAUCAACCCCCAGUCCUGCAAUAUCAGCCACUGGUAAUGUUCCUUCAGAUAUAGCAUCAACAUCUACCCCCAUUCCUGCAAUGUCAGCCACUAGUACUGUUCCUUCAGGUAUAGCAUCAACAUCAACCCCCAAUCCUGCAAUGUCAGCCACUAGUACUGUUGCUUCAGAUAUAGCAUCAACAUCAAAUCCCCCAGUCCUGCAAUGUCAGCCACUAGUACUGUUCCUUCAGAUAUAG